AUGGCAUUAGCUUUCGGACCAAGUGGGCAGGAACCCCGGCAUCUGCUGCUCUGGCUUCUGCUCCUGGCAGCCUGGGAGACUGGGAGCGGCCAGGUCCACUACUCGGUCCCUGAGGAGGCCAAGCACGGCACCUUCGUGGGCCGCAUCGCGCAGGACCUGGGGCUGGAGCUGGCCGAGCUGGUGCCGCGCCUGUUCCGGGUGGCGUCCAAAGGCCGCGGGGACCUUCUGGAGGUGAAUCUGCAGAACGGCAUCCUGUUCGUGAAUUCCCGGCUGGACCGCGAGGAGCUGUGCGGGCGGAGCGCAGUGUGCGGCGUCCACCUGGAGGUGAUCGUGGAGAAGCCGCUGCAGGUUUUCCACGUGGAGGUGGAGGUGAAGGACAUUAACGACAACGCGCCGGUGUUCCCAGCGACACAAAGGAAUCUGUUUAUUUCCGAAGCUAGGGCUCUUGACUCUCGUUUUUCACUAGAGGGCGCCUCUGAUGCAGACGUUGGGGAGAAUGCGCUGCUGACUUACAGACUGAGCCCCAAUGAGCAUUUCUUGCUGGACGUACCAACCAAUGAAGAGCAGGUAAAACCCCUCGGUCUAGUAUUAAAAAAAUCUUUAGACAGGGAAAUGGCUUCAGAGCUUCUUUUGGUGCUCACAGCAACUGAUAGGGGUAAACCUGAGCUGACAGGAACCGUAGAGUUACUAAUUACCGUGCUGGAUACAAAUGACAACGCCCCAGUGUUUGACAAAGGGGUCUAUCGUGUAAAAUUACUGGAAAACGCAAGGAACGGCACAUUGGUUAUUAAACUAAACGCCUCAGAUUUGGACGAGGGCUCAAACAGCCACGUUCUUUAUUCCUUUGCAACUGAUGUCUCCCCUAUUAUAGAAGCCUGUUUUCACAUAGAUUCAGCCAGCGGAGAAAUAAAAGUAAGUGGAAAAUUAGAUUUUGAAGAAACUAAGUUAUGUAAGAUUCAAAUAGAAGCAGUUGACAAAGGAAACCCCCCAAUGUUUGGGCACUGCACAGUCUUGAUAGAAGUUUUAGACGUCAAUGAUAAUGUUCCCGAGUUGGUGGUGACGUCACUUUCCUUGCCUGUUCGAGAGGACACACCCCUGGGUACUGUCAUCGCUCUCAUCACGGUGUCUGACCGCGACUCCGGCUCCAAUGGGCAGGUGACCUGCUUCCUAACAGCCCACAUCCCCUUCAAGUUGGUGUCCACCUUCAAGAACUAUUAUUCGCUGGUAUUGGAAGAAGCUUUGGAUCGCGAGAGAGUGUCAGCCUAUGCACUAGUGGUGACAGCCCGGGACGGGGGAUCACCUUCCUUGUCGUCCACAGCCAGCGUGUCCGUGGAGGUGGCCGACGUGAACGACAACGCGCCCGCGUUCGCGCAGCCCGAGUACACGGUGUUCGUGAAGGAGAACAACCCGCCCGGCAGCCACAUCUUCACGGUGUCUGCGCACGACGCGGACGCGCAGGAGAACGCGCUGGUGUCCUACUCACUGGUGGAGCGGCGGGGGGGCGAGCGCGCGCUGUCGAGCUACGUGUCGGUGCACGCCGAGAGCGGCAAGGUGUACGCGCUGCAGCCGCUGGACCACGAGGAGCUGGAGCUGCUGCAGUUCCAGGUGAGCGCGCGCGACGCGGGCGUCCCUCCUCUGGGCAGCAACGUGACGCUACAGGUGUUCGUGCUGGACGAGAACGACAACGCGCCUGCGCUGCUGCAGCCUAGGUCGGGAGGCGCAGGUGGUCAGGUGAGCGAGCUAGUGUCCAGGUCUGUGGGCGCAGGACAAGUGGUGGCGAAGGUGCGCGCGGUGGACGCAGACUCUGGCUACAACGCGUGGCUGUCUUAUGAGCUGCAGCCGGCGGCAGGCGGCGCGGGCAGUCCGUUCCGCGUGGGUCUGUACACAGGCGAGGUGAGCACGACGCGCGCCUUGGACGAGGCGGACUCUCCGCGCCAGCGCUUACUGGUGCUGGUGAAGGAUCAUGGCGAACCACCGCUGGUGGCCACAGCCACUGUGUUGGUUUCUCUGGUAGAGAGCGGCCAGGCAUUGAAGACGUUGUCGCGGGCGUCCACAGGCUCCUCAGGACCCGAGGCGGCGCUGGUGGACGUCAACGUGUACCUGAUCAUUGCUAUCUGCGCGGUGUCCAGCCUGCUGGUGCUCACGCUCCUGCUGUACACGGCGCUGCGGUGCUCGGCGCCGCCGACAGAGGGCGCGUGCGGGCCGGGGAAGCCCACGCUGGUGUGCGCCAGCGCGGUGGGGAGCUGGUCUUACUCUCAGCAGAGGCGGCAGAGGGUGUGCUCUGGGGAGGGGCCGCCCAAGGCCGACCUCAUGGCCUUCACUCCCAGCCUUCCACCCACUUCAGAUUCUGGAAACAAUGAAGACCAAGAGGAGAUUUUCCAGAACGUAAGUAAAAUAACUCCGGGAUGCAUUGCAUGCCUUUAA